CCCUCCCAAUCAUGUGGUUCAGGGUGUUCCAAUCCCCUCCCAAUCAUGUGAUUCAGGUGUUCCAAUCCCCCUCCCAAUCAUGUGAUUCAGGUGUUCCAAUCCCCUCCCAAUCAUGUGAUUCAGGUGUUCCAAUCCCCUCCCAAUCAUGUGAUUCAGGUGUUCCAAUCCCCUCCCAAUCAUGUGAUUCAGGUGUUCCAAUCCCCUCCCAAUCAUGUGAUUCAGGUGUUCCAAUCCCCUCCCAAUCAUGUGAUUCAGGUGUUCCAAUCCCCUCCCAAUCAUGUGAUUCAGGUGUUCCAAUCCCCUCCCAAUCAUGUGAUUCAGGUGUUCCAAUCCCCUCCCAAUCAUGUGAUUCAGGUGUUCCAAUCCCCUCCCAAUCAUGUGAUUCAGGUGUUCCAAUCCCCUCCCAAUCAUGUGAUUCAGGUGUUCCAAUCCCCUCCAAAUCAUGUGAUUCAGGUGUUCCAAUCCCCUCCCAAUCAUAGUCAAUAGCUAAAGACCUCCAAACUUGGUGUGGGCCUUCAGAUGAGCCCAACAACAGUGCGUAGAGAGCUUCAUGGAAUGGGUUUUUCCAUGGC